GCCAGAAAAGACAGUGUCACAAGACAGUGCACAAUGAAACCAAUCGAACAGUGAUCAACACACGGACCUGAAAAUCACGCGAGGCGAUGAAGGAGUCUGCUGGGAUGACCGAACUUCCGACGCAGGACUCAGUGAACGGAACAUGGAGGACAAUCGACCACCACACGGCGAACGUACCGAUCGACAGAACGGGAAGAAUGUCCAGUUUCACAGAGAAUGGGGCGACCAAGUAUCAAGAACUGGGGUCAGUGACAGAACAUUCGACGAACGAAUCAACAGAUGGGAGAAAAAUAGUCGAUGACCCAGUGCGGGAAGAAAUAAGCGGAGAGGGCAGCUCAAACGAACUUCCAGUGACCGAGUCGGUGAACAGGACAUCGGGAGCAACUGCCUGUAGGGCGAACGAACCGAUGGGCGAAGUAAGAAAAACAAACGAUGCUGAAGCGCAAAAAUCGAUAGACAGAGCAGGUGACAUGAUUGACCAUCCGGUACUAGAGCCAGUUAAUGGAAAAUCGAGAACGAACGACCGAACAGCGAUAGAAUUGGCAGAGCGAGAAUCUAUCAGCGAAAAACAUAGAAUAACCGACCAGUCAGUGUUAGAAUAUGUAAAUGGACUACCUGAAAUGACCGGCCAUAAAACAAACGAAACGAACUUUGGAAAAAGAGAAAAUACCUACAGUCCAGUAAAAGUUGGGAUCACUGAAAAUUUGGCACCGGAACCAGCUAAAAGAAAGCAGAACACGACCGAAAGCACAGAAAAUGACACGACUUACGUAAAGGGUGGAAAUGUCGAUGCCCCAAUGCGAAAAUCUGUGAAAAGACCUGCCGAGACAACAGGCCUUUCGGCGGACGGGUCGAAGAAAGUGUCGGAUGGACCGAACGGCAGAAACGAGCUGGGGCUGGGAGGACGUGGCCACGCGGGGGCGACCAUCAGCAAGAGGCGGGGCCUGAGGAACGUGGUGGUCAUCAGCCUCGCCUUCAUGCUGCACUUCACGGCGUUCCAGGGCGCCGGCAACCUGCAGAGCUCCAUCAACGCCUCGGCGGGGCUGGGCACGGCCUCCCUCGCCACCAUCUACGGAGCGCUCAUCCUCUCCAACACCUUCCUGCCCGUGCUCGUCAUCAGGUGGCUGGGGUGCAAGUGGGCCGUGGCGCUGUCCCUCGCGGCCUACAUGCCCUACAUCGCGGUGCAGUUCGGCCCCAGCUUCUACACGCUGGUGCCCGCCGCGCUGCUGGUGGGGCUGGGCGGCGGCCCGCUGUGGUGCGCCAAGUGCACCUACCUCAGCGCCGUGGCCGAGCAGCACAGCCGGCUCGGCGGCACGCCCGUCGACCAGCUCACCGUCCGCUUCUUCGGCGUCUUCUUCGCCAUCUUCCAGUUCUCGCAGGUGUGGGGCAACCUCAUCUCGUCGCUCGUGUUCUCGACGGGGGUCGACGACGACAUGGCCAAGGCUGCUGACGGCCUGUGCGGCGCCGGCUUCUGCCCUGGCACCUCCGCCGGCCGCAACGACACCAACCUGGGCCGGCCAUCGGACGAGAAGAUCUACACAGUGGCCGGCAUCUACCUGGGCUGCAUGGCGCUGGCCAUCUGCAUCGUGGCGCUCGGCGUCGACUCUCUCAAAAGGUAUGGCGAGGACUCCCGUGGAGGCAGCGGCGCAGGGCUGGGCGGAUUCCAGUUGCUCGCGGUCACCACGAAGCUACUGAAGGAGCCGCGGCAGCUGCUGGUCAUACCCAUUGUCAUGUGGAUGGGCAUGGAGCAAGCGUUCAUCAGCGCCGACUACACCGCGUCGUAUGUGACAUGCGCGUGGGGCGUGAGCAACGUGGGCUUCGUGAUGAUCUGCUAUGGCGCCGUGAACGCCGCCUCAUCCCUGACAACGGGUUCGCUGGUCCGGCUGACGGGGCGGGUGCCCCUCGUGACGGCCGCCGCCCUGCUCAACGUGGGUCUGAUCGCCGCGAUGCUGCUGUGGUCGCCCAGCGCGCACCACAAGGCGGUGUUCUUCGUGCUGGCCGGCCUCUGGGGCGCCGCCGACGGCGUCUGGCUCGUGCAGAUUAACGCGAUGUGCGGUUUCCUGUUCCCUGGCCGCGAAGAGGCCGCCUACAGCAACUUCCGGCUGUGGGAGUCGCUCGGGUUCAUCGUAGCGUACUCGUACAGCUCAGUGCUGUGCACCGGCGUCAAGUUGUACAUCCUGCUGGUGCUGCUACUCGUCGGCCUCGCCGGGUACUACGUCAUCGAGUGGCAGCUGCGGCGCGAGGUGGCGCGGCCCAAGACUGAAAAGAACUGACAUCUACCGGGAUCGCAGGGAACUACGUCAUCGAGUGGCAGCUGCGGCGCGAGGCGGCGCGGCCCAAGACUGGAAAGAACUGACAUCUACCGGGAUCGCUGGGUACUACGUCAUCGAGUGGCAGCUGCGGCGUGAGGCGGCGCGGCCCAAGACUGGAAAGAACUGACAUCUACCGGGAUCGCUGGGUACUACGUCAUCGAGUGGCAGCUGCGGCGUGAGGCGGCGCGGCCCAAGACUGGAAAGAACUGACAUCUACCGGGAUCACAGGGAACUACGUCAUCGAGUGGCAGCUGGGGCGCGAGGCGGCGCGUCCCAAGACGGGAAACAACUGACAUCUACCGGGCUCGCAGGGAACUACUUCCGUUUCAUCCGCUGAAGAAGCGCGUGGAGUUCAGUCAAGUCCCUCAAAGGACAUUUCAAGUAUACAGCUAACUAGGACACUUUUGCAAAGUAUGUCUCUUCGGACAAGAAGGCAUUAAAAUUGAAUAAUAGUACUGUUGAAGUCGAAUUUUGUGCAGCUGUUGACAGAGAAGACAAUUUCCAAAUAUUAAUAUUAGCUGGAAUGCGUGUGAGGGGCAGUGUACAGUGUACGACGGCAGUGAUUUUGUUAAUGAAUUGUUGUUCCCAAUGUGGAGAGUUCAUGAUCGAGAAUAUUUAUGUUUGUAGUCAAAUUGUGACAUUGUGCAUCCUGAUCAUGCGGAAUGGUGGUGGAAUUUACAGACGUGUGUCGAGUAAAAUUUUACAUUGUUGACAACUGCGUGUGUAUUAUAACGGUUCCUGAUAAAUGAGGUGCGAAUUAAUGGUGCAUGCACUUUGGUUAGUGACCACUCUUUACAAUUGUCACAUUUUAUUAUGCACGACAUACAAACGUUAAACACAGACGAGUUGAAUCCUCAAAAUAUGAAAUUAUUGACCUUUCAAUUUCAGCACAUAACAGACUCGAAGGAUAAUAAGAUGCUGGUUGGGCGAGAGAUUGAAAACAAGACACACACAACACACAUGCAAUGCAUUUCAAACACAUCCAUGCAGUGUGAAAGCACUACCAUACAUUACGUCAAGUCUUUUUCUCCUACAAGUGUAGCAUCUGUGGUGUUCCUCGGCCUAGAGGUGCCAGUUACCAGACUGUCACGGUUGUCACAGUUACUGCCUGCCCACAUUGAUUCUCCUAGUUCGUCAGCGGACUGAGAUAACGACGAUGAGAACUCGAGAGUCAAGGAGUGUCGCAUCCAGAACGCUUCACUAGCCAAGAUGCCGGAAGAGUAAAUACUAUUCUCUGAGCCAGUGAAAAGGGAGCGUUGCCAUGAAGAGGGGAGGGGGAGUAUAAAUAUAGAUAUAUUCGGACAUGGUUAGUAGAAAUGACUGGGAAGCGGCAGAAAAUAUGUUAAUAAUGGUGUUGUAACUUUUAUGUUAUUUUUUGUAAAGCACAACGUGUUUGUUUUUAAGGCAGAAAUAUAUAAUGGUUGUAUUAAUUAUUGUAUUUUCCUAUAAAUGUCCCAAUGCUCUGAAAAUAUCAACCUUGUUGUAAUAUCAUGUACAAAUGUUUUCCAGUUGAGGCCACUUGUGGUGGCCUCAGUCGUCUUGGUUAUUACUAUUACCUUUAUUUUGCGUAAAGUUUAUUUUAAGAUGAGUUAAUUUUUUCAAUAACAUUAUUUAUGUGUUUAUAUUAUUUAAUGGUGUAUGUUAUUAUUUAUUUAUUGUAACUUUUUAAUCGUAUACUUUUUUAUUUUACGUUAAGUACCCUUAUUCUGGAGUGGGACUUGCAAGAAAUAACCAGAACGAUAUAGCGGAGUGAGGGGAGGUAGUAGAGGAGGGGGGUGACGUCAGCUGACGGGACAAGGGGAGGCGACGGCCAGCUGUUUGCAGCGGGAGAGUGUGUGUUUGACCGCCGGCCGCAUAACUACUCGGUGGAUAGUAGAAUUUGCAUCCCAGCGAUGAGUAACUGGUGUUACGUUACGUGAAUAAGAUUGAAUAUGACGGUAACGCCACGACACCUUGGGCGAAGCAACAUAAGUGGUGGUAUACGAGAACGUGAUAUUUGGGGGCCUAGUGCACGGGCCACCGAUACAGCGCGAUGCAAGAGGCGCUAAACAGUGAGUGGGGUUUACACCCAACCCCGGCAGUCACCAACUACAGAGGUAUGCUUCAGUAACAAGUAAGUGCGAGAACUGGAUUUGGUACUUUUUGCCCGGCUGGUAUGACUUAUGGAAGACGUGUUUGAAAGACAGAGUGCGGCGACGGGAAUUGCUGGUUGAAUUUAUCUAGACUGAAGGACGUCACUAUUUCGUUUCCCCCCCCCCCCUCCUCCGUAAUAGACUUUGUGGGACUUUGGAAUAUAAUUAAGUUUAGUGUAAGAGUAUCUGUAUACAAAUGUCGCUACAUGCGUUGAAUUCAAUUAUAUAAAUUUAAAUGAUA